UAUUUUCGUUUUAUUAAGAUUCUACAAUCAGUACAGCAACUGUAUUAAAGAAUCCAAUAACAACAAAUCAAAUAUCAACUCAAUCUCAAAUAAAACAAGGUAUGUUUCAUUAAUUAAAAAAUAGUUUUAAUAUUUUUAAAACUGAGAUAGAACUUUUUCAUAAAUUCAUUUUUCAAAUAUUUUUAUUUUUCUAAUCAGAAAUAACAAUUUCUCUGGAAAUAGUAUUCAUGAAGUUUUUCAAAAUUUGGUUUUUUCUAUUUUUCUAUCACUUAAUAUAACACUGAAAAGAGAUUUCAUCCAUCGUUUUCCAAUUCUUUUUCUCAAUGAGCCAUUGAGAGUACCAUUAAACGUUUAAAAUAAAAAUUCUUUUCAAAAGUAACAAUGUUUUUCAUCUGAGAAAUUUCUUUUAAUAUUUUAAUGAAAAGAUUAUCUAGUUUUUAUAUUGUUCAAUAAAUUUAAGUUAAGGUUAACACUUUAGUUUAGAAUUUUCAGAAAGAAUUAUUUUAUGUAAAUCAUUGAAAUAAAAAUGAUAUUCAUUUAAAAACAUUGUCUUAAAUUGAAGUUUUAUGAAAAUCAAAUAAGGAAUUUUGAAUUAAAAAAUCUCAGUCGAAUGAAGAAGCUAUCUGGAAUUAGUUUUGUUUGAUUAAAAUUAAAUUUGACAAAAAGAAAAUUUCAUUUUAUUGAAACAAAUUCAAAUACAGGUUUUUCUUCUUAUUUUCGCCCUAUUUUUAUUUUAGAACCAAAGAAUAAAUAUCAACAAUCUGGAAUUACUGUUGCUGGAGGAAAUGGAAAAGGACAUGAAUUAAAUCAACUCUCUCAGCCUCGUGGGAUGUUUAUUGAUAAUGAUAAAUCAAUGUAUAUUGCUGAUUAUGAGAAUCAUCGUAUUGUUAAAUGGAAAUUGAACUCAAAUAUUGGUGAAAUCAUCGCAGGUGGAAACGGAAAAGGAAAACAAAAUAAUCAAUUGAAUCAACCCGUAGAUUUAAUAUUUGAUAAAGAAACUAAUUCUUUUAUUAUUUCUGAUAAUGGAAACGGACGAGUAAUUCGAUAUUUUGAUCAAAAUCCAACAAAGCAACAAAUUCUUAUUCCACUUAUCUAUUGUUCUGGUCUAGCAGUCGAUAAAGAUGGAUCUAUUUAUAUUUCUGAUUGGCAGAAUCAUCAAGUAAGACGACGGAAACAAGGAGAUACAAAAGGUGAAUUAGUUGCAGGUGGAAACGGUCAAGGAAAUCGACUUAAUCAACUUAAUGAACCACGUAAUAUCUUUAUUGAUAAAGAUUAUUCUCUUUACAUAUCAGAUGAAAAGAAUCAUCGUGUAAUGAAAUGGAAAAAAGAUGCAAAAGAAGGUGAAAUUGUUGCUGGUGGAAAUGGUCAAGGAAAUAGUCUCAAACAAUUGUCUCAUCCUCAAGGAGUGGUUGUUGAUCAUUUGGGUCAAAUCUAUGUGGCAGAUGAAAGGAAUCAUCGAGUCGUGCGUU